AUGAAACAAGUCAUUCGCAUUGAUCAAAUCAUCAUGGCUCCCAGUCCUUUGAUUGUGUUCGAAGAAUACAAGCAAAAGCGUGCUUUGUUUAUCGGGCAAGAGGGCACAUUGCACAUUGCUCAUUCCCUGGGAUUUGUAAAUGCGAUCACACUGGAAGAGGUCAAAGCAGCCUACCCAUUGCUGGAUAUGGUCGACCAUGAUAACCGUAAACGAAUGGCAAAAGGAGUUCCUGAAGCUAAACCCGUGGGGAAGAUCGAUGUCAUUAUUCUCAUUGGGGAACCAACACAUUGGGAAGCGAAUUUGCAACUGCUGAUUGACAUCCUGUUGACCAACGGUAAACCCGAUCACAUGCCCUCAACAUGGCCUGAGAAGCAUAUCCCGGUGAUUGCGUGUAACAUGGAUUUGGUUUUUAUGGACCGUGCGGUAUUGCCCCGUUUCGGCCAUGGAGCUUUUCUCACCUGCUUGGAAGCGUUGUAUCGUAAUUUCACCGGUCGAGAAUUACAAUACACAUCCCUAUUGGGCAAACCGAGUGAGAUCACAUUUCGCUUCGCGGAACACAUCGUGAACGUGAUGGCGCAUAGAAUUGGCUACACCAAGCCGAUCGAACAUCUGUACUUCUUCGGGUAUGUCCUGUCUUGUUUUUUUUCUCAAAACAUCCCUAUCUGA